UGAGCCUCUGAUCUCUCAAAUCAAAGCGCAAAAACCUGGAGGUGAUCAUGUCCACACGAGAGGUAGAGAAAACAGCUGACGAGAGCACUGAUGACGAGACUGACUGGCUUUAUGGAGAUGACAAUUUUGACGAAGAAGAGACAACAGAAAAGGAAGUGUUCAGUGCUCUGAUUGGUGAUGUGGAUGGUGUGAAUAGACUCAGCUACCAGCAGAGUGAAUCAGACAGUGAUGAUGAUGAUGUCUGUGUGACCAUCGGUGACAUAAAAACAGGCGGAUCUCAGGGCUCGUCAUUUGGUUCCAGUUCCAUCAAUCUGAACAUAAAGUCCUCUGUAUCAGGCUCCAAGUCUAGAGGGCUGGAUCUGGAUGCUGAAGGCAGUGUCCUGCAGGUGGAUGUGGAGUCCUUUGAGGAGAAGCCAUGGAGGAAACCAGGUGCGGAUCUGUCUGACUACUUUAACUAUGGUUUUAAUGAGGACACCUGGAAGGCAUACUGUGACAAACAAAGACGAUUACGCAUGAGCCUAGAGAUCCUGAGCCUGUCAUCAUCCAGCAAAAUCAUGGUGCAUCAGAGUUCUAGUGAUCUGCCUGAAUACUCAUCCAGGAAGUCGAGCGGUUCGAUCAAUGUUAUCGGAGGACAUGCAGGGACCAUCAGUCGAGUGGAAGGCCGAAGACGUCACAGCGCUGAUGAAAAUAACAUCCAGGUCGUUUCAGAGCAAUCCUCGGACACAAAGCCAUCCUCCCCAAAGCAGUUGCCCUUCUUUCCUCCAAACAUCCCACCUCCACCUUUCCCUCCUCCCUCCAUCAACACCACACCCCCCCUUAUACCACCACCCGGUUUCCCAUUACCUCCCGGUGCCCCUCCACCUAUGAUACCAACAUUAGAUAGUAGUGGACGUUUGGCAGGAGGCUAUGAUCGACGCUCAGCUCCACCUUACCCUUUUACUGCAGGUGUGUACUCACCUGUAAUGGGCAUGGCUUCCUGGCCAGGUGUAAUAGAAAGUGACAAGGCGUGGGAAGACUACUCCCGUCAUAACAAAGAAAGGGUGAGAGAGAAAACCAGAGAAAGAGGGCACAAGACAGAGCGAGAGCGUGAGAAAGAGCGGUACAGAGAAACAGAUCGAGAACACAGUCCAUCCUCCCAAGACCACAGAAGUGAGGAGGAGCGUGCAUCUCGACACAGGGAUCACAGUCAUCACGGGAGCGAGAGGUACAGGGAAAGCUCGGGAAGAGAAGGAGAGAGGGACAGACAUCGAGAACGAAGACACAGAGAAAGGAAUGAACAACACAGAUCCUCACGCAGUGGCAACAGUAGGAGGCGUCAUGAUAGUGAUGACGCAGAUAGCCACAGGAGACACAGGCACAAACGCUCCAGACACAACCGAGGAAGCCUUGAGCCCAGCGAGGAGUGCAUUGCGGACCAGGAGAACCCGUCAGAGGCCACAGAAUAACUCCCUGGCCAGCUGGUGAGCCCGUUUGUUGACCAAUAGGAGGUCUUUCGUGAAAGAUCAUUAGUUUCGUCAAAGCCUGAGUGACCAACUGUGAAUAGAUUUUGAUUAAUCAUAUGCCAAACACUUGGUAAACCAAUUUAUGUUACAGUUUUAGCAAUUUAACAUUUAAUUUCUUGAAAAUUUAAUUUAUAAAAAGUAAAAAGUGGUCCAAAGGGUACACUAUUUUUUAAUUUACAAAUGUAUUUAUUCAUUAUUUAAAAUGACUUCUUAUUGUUUUGAUGAUACAAAAUGGUAUUUUUGUUGUGCCAAAUGUUAAUUUUGUUGAAGAAAAUCAUUAUAAACAUGAUCAAGAAACGUAAA